CCGAACCAGCACUAAGCUCUACUUCUUGGCAAAAACAGUUCGUUUCGGGCGUGUGAAUUUCAAUAUCUAAGUAGCCAGGCAGUGAACCCGCGGCGGAUACGCAACACAGGCUUCAGAAUGAGUGCACCUGGCAUGGACAAGAGAAAACUCUCCACAUCGGGGGACUCGCUUUACGAAAUCCUAGGACUUCCGAAGACUGCCACCGGAGAUGACAUUAAGAAGACAUACCGAAAACUGGCACUCAAAUACCACCCCGACAAGAACCCCGACAAUGUCGACGCGGCCGAUAAGUUUAAGGAGGUGAAUCGGGCACACUCGAUAUUGAGCGACCAGACUAAACGCAAUAUAUACGACAACUACGGCUCACUGGGCUUGUACAUCGCCGAGCAGUUUGGCGAGGAAAAUGUCAACGCGUACUUCGUGGUUACGUCGCCAGCAGUGAAGGCACUUUUCAUCUGCUGCGCCGUGGUCACUGGAUGCUGCUGUUGUUGUUGCUGCUGCUGCUGUUGCAACUUCUGUUGCGGCAAGUUCAAGCCGCCGGUCAAUGAGUCGCACGAUCAGUAUGCGCAUCUCAAUCGCCCCGAUGGCAAUCGAGAUGUCAGCGAUCUGCCGCCACAAAUGGGACAGCAGCCACGUCUCGAGGAUGUUGAUCUGGACGACGUGAAUUUGGGUGCGGGCGGCGCCCCCGUAACAUCACAGCCACGCGAACAGGCCGGAGGACAGCCGGUGUUCGCAAUGCCGCCGCCUAGCGGAGCUGCCGUUGGAGUUAAUCCCUUCACCGGCGCACCAGUGGCCGCCAAUGAGAACACGUCGCUGAACACAACGGAGCAGACCACAUACACGCCAGAUAUGGUUAAUCAGAAAUAUUAGGCAAGUGCUGCGAACGAUUCAGAUACUGACACAGAGCCCUAACCCGUAACAGAAAAACUGAAAAACCCGAUAUGUUUCGUAACUAUUAAAGUUGUUUUUAAGAAGCGCGAUAUGUUGAGGCAUUCAACAUAUUAACUUAUGUAUUUAUUCUAAGCCGUAGCACUUAGCUGUAUCUUUAAACAGUUUUUAUUUUGAGGUGGGCUCCUGGCAUCCGCCCGUCAGGUUGAUCUUGGUCCACUUCGAGUAAUCGGGUCCCCAAUUCCAUUAUUCAGAAACCAGCCACCUAGCAAGAUCUAUUAAGAACUCGACUUCACAUCCCGUUACGCAAAAACUUGUCGCUUUGACUAAGUUGUACAUCCGAAGUUAGUCUCAAUAUUUGCUGCUUAAUCGCUCUGCGUAUGGAUUCAGUCGCAGUGGACAAGAUUGUAAUGAUAUAUGUGUAUAUGAUGAUAUGUGUUUCUAGUUUGCAUUUGUGUCCUCGCCCAAUCUAGCUUAAUUGUUCGCGAAAUCGCCUCAAUCGGUUCUGUUAAUGUGUCGGAAAUACUUAUGUAAAGAUGAAUUGUCGAGCGACUCCCAAGCAGAUUGCUCCGAUCCGAUCCUAAUGCAAAUGUAAAUAAGUCAAGUUAUACAAAUAAGCAUCACACAGACAAGCAGAGGAGGACGAUGGAGGACACUAAACACUACAUAGGGCGGAACUUAAUGGAAAGAUAAAAAAAAUAUAUAUAUAAAUAUAAUAUUAAUCCCCUAUUUAUAAAUAUUAAAUACAAUUAAUCAAAAGUUCAAUUGUAACCCCCAAAAGUAUUGCACUUGCACAUGUAUUCAAAAUUGUUUCAAAUUAAAUUUCAUCCCGUUCGGUUUAGUAUUUUUGUUAAUCGCUUUAACGGCUUUUAAAUGUAAAUGAAUGCGUGCUUAGUCCAGCAGAAAUUAAAUGUUAUGUCCUAGUACCCUAACCCCAUCCCAAACCAUUUACCACAUAAUUAUAUAAAUUUUUGCAUCAGAGCUGGCUCGGGACUCGGACUAGUUGAUCCGUUUUUAAGGCUUUUAAGAGAUGUCCAAUCUCCUGGCCCAGCCAUAGUAUAAACAAAGACCGUAUAAUAACAAGAGUUCAGUUGCCAUAUCGUGCGCCCUCCGCUCUCAAGCAAGUGCGUAUGUUGCGAACAGAUCUAGAAUGCCUGGGAAUACGUCUGGUUCUAAAACUAAUUCGAGUGCAAAAAAGUCGUAUGGCGUUACUUUGUUAUUAUAAUGUGUUUGGUAUAAUAAUGCAUACUUACGUACAUAUAUAAAAUUUAAUUAAAGGUGAUUACAUCUUACGGUCUUGCGUGUGUAUUUAUUGUUCGUCAAGUCAAGUCAUAAGCAAAAAUAAUUAGUAACCUACAUUAAACUUAAACAAUUGUUUCCAAAUUCCAAUUGUAUUCUGUAUCUAUAACACGUUGAAAGCGAAAUCAAUAAAUUUACUAUACGAACUCAG